AUGGCUUCAAAGUGGAAGAGACGUUUGAAUACUUUAGUGCCACGUCAGACUGAUUUGCAACUGCAACAGAUUUCACAGCGGUUUGAAGCAAAAUCUAAGUCAGUAGCAGACAGAAUAGCUCAUAUUCAUAUUGCAGAGCAGCAGAGAGCUCAGAAGGUCCAAGAAGACCAAAUUGCCCGAGACAUUGAAAAGCAUCACACAGGAAGAAGGAGACAAAAUGAAAUAAUGGCCAAGAUUCAAACCACUUUUAUGCAGAUUCAAAAGCUACCACUAAGGCACACCAUAAAAGCUAUUGAAGCCAACAAAUACUUACAGAAGAAAAGAGAAGCAGAGAACAUGUACAAGGAGAUUGAAAAUUUUGAGAAGUCUAUGGCAGGAAAUGCCUCUGCGGUGCACAGCCAGAUGACUGACAGUGAUAUGGAAGAAUCAUUGCAAACACAGAAGGUGGAAGAAACAACUCAGGAAACUACAGCACCGACACAAACUGAGCUGUUAAAUAUUUAUUCAGAUGAUCACUAUGUAAGGAAAAUUCAAAAACGUGUAGAGGAAGAUACAUUUGCUGGAGAACAACAAGCAAAGAGACGACAAAAAGUGUUAGUGGAACUGCUAAGAGCACACGAAACUGAAGAGAAGACUAACCGGGAGGAGCAACUUAUUUACAGACUAAUGAAGCAGUCUCAGGAGGAGCGGAGGAUUGCUACUCAACUCAUGCAUGUUAGACAUGAAAAAGAGGUGUUAAGGCAAAACAGAAUUUUCAGGGAGAAACAGUAUGAAGAAAGACGUCUGAAAGAGUUCCAGGAAGCUCUUGAUAGAGAAGCGGCUCUUGCAAAACAAGAAAAUGCUGAUAAUGAAGAACAAAUAAUCAAAGAAAGAGAAUGUUAUGAGAAAAUUGCUGCUGAAAGAGCUCAGGAACGCUAUAAAAAGCAUUAUUCUAUAUGCUGGGAAAUGAUCAGCCAAAUCAUUGAUUUGUCAACCAAAGUAGGAGAAUAUCGUCAGCUGACAAACAACCGAGUUCCAUUAAAACUGAUACUUGAUUGGAAGGAAUUGUUUUUAAAUGGAAAACCAAUAUAUGAGCAAGCCUCAAUUCAACCCUUGCCAAACGAACCUAGCCCAGAACAGCUGGUAGAACUGAAUAAACAGAGUCUGUUAGAUGAAAAAUAUUAUGGUGAAUACAAGAGUAUGACAGGCGAAUGGAGCCCAACUGAAGAGAACAGUGAAAUCAAACCUCCUCUUAAUAAUAACAUAUUGAGUCAUGUGCUUCAUAGACUGAUGGGGAUUUUCUAUUCUCCAACACCCAAACCUUCACCACCUGUAUUUCCUCCAUUUCCUAUCAAAGGAUGCAUUUUGGGAAAAAAUUUUAGUGGAAAAACUACCUGUGCAAAGUUUAUUGAAAAAGUUUGCAAUAUUCAGGUACUGUCACUUGAUAUUCUGGUUCAGGAGGCCAUCCAAGCUUUUCUGAAAAAAGAAAUGAAAAGUGAACAUGAUGUGAAUCCACAUGAAGCAGAGAGUUCUGGGGAACAAAAUGAGGUCCAGGAGAACUUAUCAAAUUCACCAUCAGAGCUUUCAGAGGAACAAAGUACCACAGUACCUGUUUUAGGCAAUUGUUCUGUCAGAAAGGAUACUUCUGGGCAAGAAUUUAUACUGGAUAACAGUCAGGAUGGCCUAUCAAAGCUAUCUGUACGUGCCCAGCUUGGUGCCACAUCACAGAAAUGGUUGAAGAAAGGAGAGAGUAUUCCCGAUGAAUUACUAAUCGACAUCCUAUUGGAAGCCAUUAACCAAAUAUCAGCAGAAAAGGGUUGGAUUGUGGAUGGAUUUCCAAAGACAAUUAAUCAGGCAAAGCUCUUUGAAAAAGCCUAUACCGGGAUUGAUCUAGAAGCAAAAGAUACAAUUUCUGGAAAGCUCUCACUUGUUACAGAUCCCAAAGCCCUUAACAAGACUCCUGUUACCUCACCUGCAUUUGAUGUUUCUGUAUUAUUGGAUAUUUCAGACAGUGAGGCACUGAAACGUGCAGCUAACGUGAUGUCAGAUAAAUCGAAGGCAUCUCAAACUGUACAGGAGAAUAGCAAUCAAAAUUCAGGUGCUGAAAUCCUAGAAGACAAGUUUGACUUAGCCAAAGACCAGGUGAUACAUAGAAUUUCAGGCUUUCUUGACACAUGGCCAAAAUUAGAGAAAUGGUUUUCAGUCCAUCAAAAUACUCUAGUGAAAGUAAAUGCAGAGACAGAAGAAAAUCUUGUGUGUGAAGCAGUGAAGGAAAUUAUUACAGAAGAAAUUGUAAAAAAGCAGAGUAGAAGGUCCACUCAAGAAAUAGCAGCAGAAGAAGAGUUUUUACCAGUUACAGAUCAAGAUGUGCUUCCUCCCUGUCCUGUGACACCACCACCACCUGAGCCAGGAUCGGAUGAAUGGAUUUAUGUGGACGAACCACUUCCAGAGGAGAUACCUGGUUUUCUAGUACCUUACUGGGAAAUGGUAGAAAAUGCAUACAUGAAUGGCAUCAAAACUGUACUUAGAUGUCUAAGGGAUGAACAGUACACUAUGGUUCACUACAUAGCAGACAUUAGAAAAAAAUUCCAAGAUUAUCUGAAACGUCCAGACCUUAAGCAGGAGUUUGUAUCUCAGUGGCAAACAGAUUUUAAUUCAAUUGCUGAUGACCUGCGAGAUGACAAGGAAACAAAAGCAGAACUACACCAAAGAGUUACUGACCUAAGAGAUCUUCUCUGGGAUAUCUGUGAUAACAGAAGGAAAGAAGCAGAGCAGGAGCAUACUGUUAUAAUGAAUGAUGGCUGGUUUCCAGAUCAUAGGGGUAUUACAAUGAACCAUUUCUUUUCACUUAUGCAGGCUGAAGUGGAUCAUUUCCAAGACACAAAGAGACUUCUUCGUGACUAUUAUAGGGCAAUGGAAGGAAAAAUCCCAGCAGAAGACCGUCAAGAUUUUACUAAAAUCCCAUUGUUAGAUAUUAUUGAUACAGAGAAGAUGGAAGAUCAAAACAAAUCAAUAAGGAUUCCUCUGGUUCCUUGGAAAAUGCCUUCAGCAGAAAUAGGUAUGACUGAGCCAAUAAACAAUGGGACUCUGCAGGAGAGUGCUGAGGAUAAGAAUUCUGAAAAUGGAGCGGCCACCUUCAGGAGUGACAAAAAUCUUAUUAUUGAUACAUGGCAAACAGCAGUAACAGCAGUAUCAAAUAUGGUAAUGGCUGAAAUACAGUUUAGAGAAGAGGAGGAAGAAAAGGAACAUCAGCAGCGAAAGCGCAAAGAAAAGAAAGCUUCACAGACACGCUCAGGCAAAGCUACUGGGAAAGAUGCCAAAGGUGCCAAAAAGCAUUCUGCCAAACCAGCUACUAAAAAAAAAGGAUCACAUUCUACUCCAUCCAAAGUGAAAGACAUUCCAGUUCCUGUAGACCCAGAAGAAGCAAAGAAAAAACAACUGGCACUUAAAAUAAGCCAAGAAUACUUCAGUGCCUUGAAACAUGAGGAGUCAGCCACAAAAUCUCGACUAGAACUUAUAAAACAAAAAGCUUUAGAAUUUGUUGAAGAGCUAAAAAUGAAAGCAGAAGAGACUUAUAAAGAGAUGGAAAAGUGGCUUGGAUCCAGCUUUUUGGUGGAAAUGUCCAGUGUUGAAAAGCUGAUUGAGGUUGCACGACAUCAUAUUGAGAGCUCUAGCAAAAUCAAAUAUGAAAUUACUUUAGAAGAAACAGAUUUCUUCAUCAGUAAUGAUGUAAGAAUGAUUCCUGACCCUGUUCCUUCACCACCUGUUCCAUGCAUAAAAUCCUCUGGAAGUAAUACCCCAACUAUUUCACAACUUACUACGCUUCAUAAGCAGUUUCUACAGGUGGCACCUAAAG